GUGCCGGGUCUUACCACCCUCUGUACAGUCCUCUCCCCGCCAUCUCCUCCUCCGCUCCCUUCAUCUUUCUCUCUUUUUCUUUCUCUUCCACGCCUCUCUAUCUCACGUUUCUUUCUCUCUCACCGGUCCAAGAACAGACCAUCACCUGUUCCACAGCGCCGUCCUCUCUCACAGUACCAUCUUCCUUGCUUUACAUCCUGUUUCUCUGGCCUUCGCCCGGUUCCACGGCUUUGCUUUGCUCCUAGGCGGCCAGCUGUAAAUCUAACCACUUCUACUAUCGGCUCAAGUUAAGUCUUUAGCCAUGGGUGCCUGUAUCUCGUCGGGAGGCAUUGAGAUCACGGAGGAGGAUAGGAGGAGGAAUCGUGAUGUUGAGAAGGAACUGAAGGAGGCCAAAGCCAAAAUGGCUCACCAGGUCAAGGUGCUACUUCUAGGGUCCGGUGACUCUGGAAAGUCCACUAUCCUGAAGCAAAUGCGACUCAUUCAUCGUGUUCCCUUCUCCGCGCAGGAGAUCGAGAACUAUCGCCAACUGGUCUUCAAUAAUCUCACACAUGGAAUGAAAUAUGUUCUAGAUUCUAUGGAUGACAUGGGUAUCACGUUGUCGGAAGAUAAUGCGCCAUACGUGCAGCUCAUCGAAGACGCGGUCGAUCUCAGAGAUGGCCAACCGUUCCCGCCAGAGUACUACGAGCCUCUAAAGAAGCUCUGGGAGGACCCUAGCGUGCAAAAGGCAUGGGAGAGGGGUAACGAAGCUGCGCUCCCAGACAAUCUCAUCUACUUCUUCUCGGACCUUGAUCGACUGUUUGACCCUACAUUCGUCCCUAACGAGCAGGACAUCGUCCAGACUCGUGCCCGUACAAUAGGCAUAACGGAGACCGUUUUCCAUCUGCGGGAUCACGAGAUGCUGAUGGUCGACGUCGGUGGUCAGAAGAGCGAACGACGGAAAUGGAUUCACUGUUUCCAAGACGUAACAAGCAUACUGUUCCUGGUCAGUUUGAGCGGUUACGAUCAAUGUCUGAUUGAGGACAAGGAUGCAAACCAAAUGCAAGACGCGAUGACAAUUUGGGAUUCAAUAUGUCACUCGCAAUGGUUUAAACAGACCUCUAUCAUCUUAUUCCUAAAUAAGAACGACCUGUUCGAGAAGAAAAUUGACCACUCUGAUAUCAAAACCUUCUUCCCUGAUUACGAUGGUGAGGCUGGUGAUGCUCGGGCAGGGCGGGAAUAUUUCAAGAAACGUUUUGCGCGACUCGCGCAAAAAGCUAACCAGAAGGAACGAGAGAUUUAUAUCCAUGUGACGACCGCAACAGAUACCGCGAUGUUACGAGUAGUAAUGGCAGCAGUAGAAGAGUGAGUGUUCAUUUUCUUUAUACCCCCCACCCCUCCACUUCUGUUCGCCUUUUAAUCUUCAACCGUCACGACCACCAAUUGCUCAACAUACUGUAUCGGUUCAUAUUCGCCAUUCAGCAUCAUUCUGCGACAAGACCUCGAGAGCGCCGCGUUGUUGUAAAGCCUUUGCGGCAGGCAUUUCAUCGACGUCUCUUGUCACCCAACUUGAAGCGACUAUUUUUAUACCUCAUUAUACCGGCGUUUCCCCACGUUCAUCUGUAUUUUCCCAUCUUUUCCCAUCUUUUCCUUUUUUUCUUGUAUAAUCGACUUUAACGGUCCCUAAUGUCAUGUUCUCGAAUACUCAUGAUCUUCUUUUCUUUUUGGCUUUUCCUUCACCCAACUCGCACCUCCCAUUCGGUCUUCGCUCCCUUCCCACAACGAAAUUCAUGCGGCUUGUUCCACACUCCCUCUCUAAUGAUCAUCUCGCUCAAUCAAAAUCCACGAUCACACUCCUUCUCACGC